AUGGCUCAUGAUGGUGGUGGUUAUGCUUCGGAGCCGGGCUUGCCUUUGGACAGCUUCACGAAGAGUGUUCCUCCUGGUUGGCGAGCUGGCAUGCCGAAGUAUCCAAUACGACGGUACACGCAACUUCUACGUCUCUGGUGGCGUCAGACUGAUGUUGGUGAGAGCGCUUGUGGGCCAGCUAUGGCUGGCAGGCUUCGUGGUGCAGCAUUCCAGAUCGCGAAUAGCAUCAGGGCGAAUCGUCUUGAUCUUUCCACCGGCUUGAUGAGGGAGAUGAUCGGUGAUGAGUUGUUGGCACAACCGAGUCACGAAGCUUGGCAGAAUGCGGCAGGUGAAUCAUUUCCAGCAGAACCUGCCGGAGCAACGGUGUUGCUCAACGCGCUGCAAAAGGAGUUCGGCAUGCAGGAGCAGGAAAUGAAUAUUCAGUCCCUCGACGCCUUCUUCAUGCAUCAUCGUGGCAGCCUCAGCCUGUCGGACUACCUCACGAUGUGGCGCAUGACGUACGAUGAAGCGAAUCAGAACUCAGGAUUGGAAAUCAAUGAUGUGGGCCGAUCAUAUCUUCUCCUUCGGACCUCAGGCCUCUCAGACCGACUGAAGGACGAUAUCAAGUUGAAGCUCGAUGGCAACCUGUCGCGAUUCGAAGACCUGAUGAACCUCCUACAGCGGAUGGCCCAUGCUGAGACACAUACAGGCUCGAGCAUUCCCGAGAUGGUCAAGCAACAUUGGCAGAACACGGAUUGGAAUGAUGAUAGUUGGUACUCAGAUGAGUGGUAUGACGAUUAUGAUAAUUUCUAUGAAGGUGAUUGGUGGAAUGCAGGUGACGGCUGGUCUCAGGAUGAUUGGUCACAGCAUAUCCCGGCAGCAGAAGGUAUUGAGACAGCCCCAACUACAUCGGCGGCAUCAGAAUCUGAAGACUAUUAUGGCAAAGGUAAGAAAGGUAAGAAAGGCACAGCAGAGUUUCCAGAACUACAACUACCUCAGACUCCAGAGACAUCGCAGCUCAGUGUAAGCACGCAUUCGUUCGAGUUUGUCGGGACGUUGCCUGAAUUGGUGCCCCGAUCGCCGGAUACGGAUACAUCCGAGAUUAAGUCCUCAUCGAUGUUCGACAUGAGAACAACUAAUGAGAUACCAGCGACGAUUGAUGAAGAUAAGCGUUUCCAUCCUCCAGCCGAUCAGGAAGAGUCCGUCAACGGUGGCACUCCCAUGGAUGAUGGCAUUGGUUCUGCAAAGAUGAAGCGAACAAUCUUCAUGACCACCGACGGCGAGAGUUAUGGACAGAUGCAUCUGGUUCGUGGUCGUGAGAUGGCCGGCAUCAUCGUGGACCCUGGAGCUGCCGCCGGACUCAUGGGAACAGAUACGAUGAAGGACUAUGUUCGAACAUAUCUUAAGGACGCCGGCCUAGAGUACACCCUGGCACCAAGUAACAGUACAUUCUCAGGUAUCGACGGCAACACGGACCCAGGUCUUGCAGUGGUGACGAUGCCUCUCGGAGUCCCUGGAGUGCAAGAUAUCACGUUCAAGGCAGAUCUCAUGGGAGGAAGCGGCUCAAAAUGCCCAGGUCUCCUUCCAUUACCAUCACUCUUGGAAUAUAACGCCGCAUUGUUCUGUGAUAUUCUUGAUCACCGAGAUGGAGUUCUAGUGCUGAAGAUAAAGAUCACUCACAAGGUUGUCAAGGCGUACUUCAUCAGAGUUUACUUCACCGACAGCGGCCACUACCUACUACCGAUUGGACAGUUUGGACAGCAGAACCUUGAAGAGGAUAAGCUGAAAGCAGCGGUCAAGCGAUAUUGCAGCAGUAUCUUUAAAUCAGUCGAUGAAGACGCACCGCAGAUUCAGCUUCAGGCCUCGAGAACGGGAAGCAGUACCUCGCCAGAUCACAAGACGUCUCCGACGACGGUUCCAGAGAUUUCGUGGACACCCACUUGUGACUGGCCAAGCUUCAGCAAGCUACAUAAGCACUACAACCUGGACCUCUUCAAGGCUUGGAAUCAGACACGUGGGCAUCGGUAUGCAGAUACUGGAGAUUGUUGGCCUCGUCAUCUUCAGGAAGCUUCUAAAAGACUGGAGAAUGAAUAUCGAGCUCUACCUGAAGAAUUCUAUACCUUCACGGAUUGUGUGGUCAUUACGCCGGACAACGAGGCGUUCCCGAAGCAGGAGAUGCAGCUCCUGCGUCAUCAGCAGGCCCUGCUGCAGCAGCUGCUCCACCAGUGGAGCCCCCUUCUGGAGUGGCAGCUCCAGAACAGCAAGCAGCUGCAGCUGACGAACCACCUCCACCUCCGCCGGCAUCAGUCGGACUACCUCGGCGCCGGAUCGUUCGGAAAGCAGUGGACCCUAAGAAUGGUGUUUGAGCUUAUGAGUUUGGUCGAGCAACUUGUACCGAACACUCCGCUGAUCUUCGGCAAGUUCUUCAACGAGUCAGAGGGUCAGUAUAUGAUUGUACCUCCAGAUCUCUAUGAGAACGAGCCAAGACUCUACACGGUCGCCAAGAAGGUGGCCUUGGACACGUUUCUUGAGAAUGACAUUGGUGGCAUCCAGGAGCUGCCCGUGAGCAUCAACAUCACCCUUGCAUCACAUGGGCCAUGGCAGGAUUCAUCAUAUGUGCUCUUCUACUUCUUCCAGUCCAAGGACGAGUCUAACGCAUCAUUUGAGCACGAUCCUGAUCUUGGCGAUUACCUCAGCAGCCUCCCACAGCAGCCGACACCACCAUGUCUCAUGAGAGCCCAAUGUCAGUACAAGCUCAGCCAGGACCUCCAGCUCCACCGGCGCCUCCAGCACCGCCUGCAGCGCCAUGGGGUAUCCCAACAGCUCCGAGUACGUGGCACCCUCAGGUUCCAGUACCACCUACUCCGCCUCCAUCAUCUCGGAUCCCGAGAUCACCUGAGCAGGCACAUGGUCAGGCUCCGCCUCCACCGGCACCACCGGCACCACCAGCGGCGACCAUUCCUCAAGUACCAGCGGCCAUGCCAGAACCUGCAGUGUCUCAGAGUCCAAUACCAGCUCCAUCACCGAUGGACAGCAUCAUCUCCGACGAGCAGUUCGACUCUGGGAAUGCUGAUGAGUCUGGCAGCCCUGACAGGUCACGAUCACGAAUCGUACGUUUUCCAGAUGAGAGACCUCUUCCACUACUACCACCAGGUGCACAGCAUCGACCGAGAGCUCUGCCAGCACCUGUACUACCAUCAGCAGCACCAGCGACACCUGCACCAACAGCAGAUCCUGCUAAGACGAUUGAGCAUCCAGUUGAAGAUCCUGAUCAGACAGUUGAGCAUCCAGUUGAAGAUCCUGAUCAGACAGUUGAGUAUCCAGUUGAAGAUCCUGAUCAGACAAACUGUCGAGUAUCCAGUUGAGGAUUCGGACUCCACCAAGAAGGAUCAUUACACCGCGAACAACUUUGUCAGUCCGUUUCCAACUUGGUGGACAGCCUCGGCAUUACAUGCUCGACAAGAUCCUGGCCACACGGACGACUACACCGUGGACUACAUUUACUUCUGCAUCAGACACGGAUGGAAGAACGUGGACAUCUACCCUGGCACGAAGACGAAGCAUUUCUUGUUGUGCCUGGACCUUUUCGAUGAUGAAUGCUUCAGUGUAUCCAGUGACGAGAUACUCACGCCCGACGAUGUCAUUCGCCAUUGGCCAGCAGUUGAAGCAGCUGAUCGCAAGGAAGUUUCGAGUUUCGUCCAGCAUGGUAUCUUCAAGCUUGCCCCAUCUUCCGCUUCGGACAACACCGUUGAUGGCACGUGGGUUCGGAAAUGGGCAGAUCGUUCAAAAGGGCUCGUGAAAAGUCGUUGUUGUGGCAGGGGUUUCCUCGACAGACAGAAGAACAGCAUCGACCGGCACAGCAGCACCGCCUCGCGUCUAUCUCAUCGUAUGGCCGUCUCUUUGGGUGUUCAGCACGACCUGGUGAUCGAGAGUCUGGACAUCAGCACUGCUUUCUUGCAGGGCCUCAAGUUCUCGGAAGUAGUCAAACGGGCGGCAGAACUCGGACACGAGAUACGCCAGAUACGACAGGUUUGGUUCAGGCCACCUCCGAAUGUAUGGCGACACCUACGUGAGAUUGAGAGCAGCGGCAUUUAUAAGUUUCUUGACAACGUCUAUGCGAAGCUGUCAGCACGAUUCGGAAAAGUCAAGCGUUGCACACUUCCUCUGAUAUAUGUUGGAGUUCGGCAUCAGCUACUGGCCCCUGGACACGUAUUGUUGGACCAAGAACACUACCUGAUGAAGCUCAAGCCCGCGAAAGUGACCGAUCCAAGGCACUUGAAGCAAGACACGUUGGCGCUAGACAAAGAAGAACACCAAGGAUUUCGCUCUCUGUUGUGCAGUCUCCUGUGGGUUUGUCUGACACGCGUUGAUCUUUGUCAUGGAGUUGUAGCCUUACAGGCAGAAAUGAUCAAGCCGACGAUUGCACACCUGAAGCAGUGUAACCAGCUCUUGGCCCGUGCUAUCAAGACGAAGACGAUGAACGGCCUCCACUACCAUAAGCUUCACAUGCCUCUACGCUUGGUAUCCAUCACCGACGCCGGACAUGCUUCGAAGCGAUCAGGAUAUCCGUAUGAGGGCAAGAUGGUACUGUUGAUGGGCGAGCCGAAGACAGACUAUGAUGCUCAGGAGUGGUGGCCACUCGGAGUAUUUCCUCAGUUGCUUGAGAUGUGUACGACAGGAAAGUGGAAGCUGAUACCUCAGGAAGGAAAAUACAUUCGAGUCAAAGCCAGUGUUAUCAAGCCAGACUACACCGAGCAGGAUCUACGAGACGGAAAGGAUUGCCACUAUGACGAGUGGCCGGACUAUGAUGAUGAUGAUUACACCGCCUACGACGAGUACCAGAACCACUACGGGUACAAGACCAUCAUGAUGAACGACAGCGAUCUAUCCACGGUGUGGAACUACUUCGGCGACUACAUCUACGGCUGA